CAUUCAAGUUCAUACUGACCAUGCUUGGAAACAACAGCCUCCACGUUCGUGACCAUGGAAGGAGAUGCGAGACGUGAUCGGGUCACAAUAAGGGUGUUGAUUGACACGGCGGAUGAGCAGUUCCCAAGGGGAGCGGGAUCAUGGAUGUCUGGGCAGCAACGACUUCUCAUUCUGACAUUCGGCAGUUCAACACUGCAGACCACAUGGGUUCAACCCCUUUGUGUCUCGUCCGGCCCAUGCCCAUGCCCCCGCGAUUUGACAUCGCUAUUGUGCGUCCUUGUACUUUGUAUGUCAAAUGCACUGCAGGACACAGCUGGGGACACAAUAGAAGUCAUCCUUGUCUUCACGUUGUGGCGGACCAAUCACCUCUUUGAGGUAAUAGGCGCCGGUGUUAGCGCGCUUUGCCAGGCAACGAUCAACGCAAAUGGGCCUCAUUGCAACCGCCCUCUCAAUGGACGCUGGAAGGCGGACCCUGAGUGGCCAAUCCUUUCCGAGGAAGGUUUGAUUUCGAGUCUUGAGACUCAUCGUUGCUCGCUUCGGCCAGAAUCGCCGUGGUCUUGUUGUCAGGCCGACUUGAUAUCGCGCCCUUCGUGAUAUCGCGGGACACAUAAAAGACGGGGAAAGCGAUGCUUCGUCCCUAUCCCACCUUCUUCACCCCCCUCAUCCAGUCGGACAGGUUUUUAGCAUC